AGAUUGAUAUUCCGAGAGAGAGAUAACUAAAUCAGUGACAUCUCAAUGUGAUAGGCAUACUUCAUACUACAUGCUCUUUCUUGUCUCCAAACCAAUAAACCCAUUGGAGCGGUCUAGCACUUCACUUCAAUCUCAAGGGAAUAGGAAUUUCUUACAUUAACCCACCCAGUAACGUGUCUUGGCAAAAAAGCACUGAGUUCAAACACAGGCAAAAGAUCUCACUGCUGUGCUGCACUGACGACCUCCAAAGUCUCUUAUAGCAGAAAUUUUUCAUCGGUUUAAAAAUGAAGAUAAUAUUGGUGGCGAUUUUAGUAGCUUUGUGUGGUGUGGUCGUAUUCUGCGACGAAGGGAGCAAUCUUGGUGCGAAAGGCACUACAACUGCCCAACCACGAUUUUCAAAGAAUUCCUGUGACAAAUGCGCGUGUGGAAUGCCUGGUAUUCCAGGAACGCAUGGAAUGCCGGGGACCCCUGGUCAACCGGGGAGCAUUGGUAGAGAUGGGCCUAAAGGAGAUAAAGGCAACCAAGGCAGAAGAGGACCUUUUGGUCCCGUAGGACCCAAAGGACAAACAGGCCUUCCUGGAAAACCAGGAGAGGAAGGAAAACCAGGAUUUCCUGGUAAAACUGGUCCUAGAGGAAAACCGGGAUUUCCAGGAACUCCUGGCCUAAAAGGUGAAAUUGGUUUGCCAGGUAUAGACACGACUGAGAUACGUAACUGGAGGCAGUGUGUUUGGAAUAGAAAUGACGACACCGACACUGGAAAGAUCCAGGAGUGCAUAUUCAUGAAGAAGCAACAGAACACUGCACUGAGGGUCAUUUUCCAAGGUAACCUCCAGGUUUACGGCGCCAACAGCUGCCGACGUUGGUACUUCAAGUUCAACGACCACGAAUGCUCAUCGCCUGCGCCUAUUGAAGCUGUGUUCCGUUACAAUCUGGAGAGGACUUUCCAUAUCCAAACUCAUCGAUCUAUUGAGGGUUACUGUACAAUCCCCAAAGGAGUAGUACGAGUUGGACUGUGGGUUGGCGCAUGCGCAGGCUCUAGUCCAGCUGGAAACGCAAACACUGGUUUUCAGUCAGUGUCAAGGAUCAUUGUGGAAGAGGUCCCGCCUUCACAGUAAUGUAGAAAAUCUUAGAAAGUGCGUAAAGCUGAGACAGAAUCCAUUGCUAUGCAUGUAAUCUAGUUUCAGAAUAUUUUUGUUUUUCGUUUAAAGCCUGUCAGCCAAAGGUCCAGUCUUAAAAGAAAACUUUUGAAAUGAAGAGAAUAAUAAUUGUAUAAAAACCACUCAAUCACGACAAAUAACAAAAAUAUACUCGAAAGCAUUUAUAGUACAAUCUUAUAUUUUCCGCUCAUUAGCUCUUGUUUUCCGACUUGGUAACACAAAUGGUAACCAAUUUGCAAGCUAGUUCACUAAUCCCCUAGCUCAUGAAUUAUGCUCUACUGGAAUUCCUCAGGGAACUACCUUUGGUCCAUUUUUGUGAUCCCGUACUAUGACAAAGAUAUUCUGCUCUCUUACGAUUGUAAUACAUUAGUACAUUAUAUACUGGUGCAGAAGUACAGAAAUAUCGGCCAUGUUUUUAAUACGCUAUACACAUUUAUAUGAAUAGCAACGUUUUAAAGGAUGGAACUGAAACAAAUUAGGAAUGGGGCUUUAACUAGGAAUUGGACAAUCUUUCGUUGAAUUUCUCUUAAAGUAGGCAACCAUAAGUUUCCUUUUUACUUAACACAAAUUAUAUGACUUUUAAACGGGGUUACGAGUGCUUCUCUCCCUUUCCCCCUGGGGAAAAUAUUUACAGGAAGUCACUAGUGUAUUAUUUCCCAUUUUCUCACAGAAAAAAAAAAACAACAUUUA